AUGCACUUCACCAACACCGCCCUGCUUUUUAGCAGCAUUUCCCUGUCUGUCGCCUUGAACCCCAACUGCGCUCCCGGCGGCAACUUUGACCUCUCCCACUGGACGCUGCAGCUCCCCUCCGGCACUCCCGGCCACCCCACCGAGAUCCGGGCCGGGCAGCUCGGCAGCGACUGCCACGGCUACACCAACGCCAGGUACUUCUUCACCGAUAAGGCGGACGGCGCGCUCGUGAUGACGGUGCCCGGCGACAAGAGCAACUCGGACUGCGUCAGCACGCCGAACAGCGACCACUGCCGGUGCGAGCUGCGCGAGAGCCAGCCCUCGAGCUGGGACCCGCGCGCGGACCGCAACCGGCUCUUCGGGGACCUGAAGGUGACUAAGAACACUGGCGAGAUCUGCGUCGGCCAGAUCCACGUGGAUGACAGCGUCUCGCACAAGCCGGUCGCGGAGCUGUACUACAACGCGGCGGGCGACCUCAAGAUGGGCGUGCAGCUGUGCGCGGACAACAGCUGCAAGCAGCAGCGCGUGGACGUGGACCACGUGCCGAGGGGCCAGCGCUUCACGUACGAGAUCCGUUACGAGAAGAACGUGCUGGAGGUCAGCAUCAACGGAAAGGCCUUGCAGAAGCUGGACACCCACAAGCUCAACGCGCCCAAGAGCUACUUCAAGGCCGGCAACUACAACCAAGGGAGCGGCCCUACCGAGGUUCACUUCUACCAGAUCAAGGUCUCUCACUAA